GCUUCCUGAACGUGCAAAACGAAAGUCUGAGGGAAACAAGUGCACAUGGUGAGAAGACUGAAGGAACAGCACAGCACAAACAGCAAAGGGCAGCAUGAGCCAGUGGAAGCAGAUCCAGCAGCUGGAGAUCAGACUCCUGGAGCAUGUGGACUACCUGUAUGAUGAUAACUUCCCCAUGGACAUCAGGCAGGGUCUGUCCAGCUGGAUCGAGACUCAGGAUUGGGACACAGCAGCCAACGAGGAGUCCAUGGCGGGGGUUCUGUUCACCAACCUUCUGUCCCAGCUGGAUCGAGUGCGCUCACAGGAGCAGAACUUCUUACAGAGACACAACAUGAAGAUCAUACAACAGCAGCUACAGGUGAAAUACACAUCAAACCCCACGGUCAUGGCCCGGGUGAUCUCCACCUGCCUGAGGGAGGAGCGGCGGAUCCUCUCCAGCGCCUGCAUGCAGGAACAGGGUCCACUGGAGAGAUCACUGCAGAACUCUGUGGCCUUCGAGAGGCAGAAGAACAUGGACAACAGAGUGGCCAUCAUCAGGGGCAGCGUGCAGCUGAUGGACCAGGCUGUCAAAUCCAUCGAGGACAUGCAGGAUGAUUUCGAUUUCCGCUACAAGACCCUGCAGGCACGAGAAUCAUCAGAUGCUCGACAGAACCCUGAGAUGAUGAAACAGGAAGUAACGACCCUGCAGGCUAUGCUUAACAGUCUGGACUUUAAAAGGAAGGAGAUCUUGUCAAAGAUGGACGAUGUGAUCAAGGAGAUUGAAGACCUGAUGAGCUCUCAGCUCAACCCGGAGCUGCAGGACUGGAAGCGCCGGCAGCAGAUCGCCGCCAUCGGGGGGCCGCAGCUCACCGGGCUGGAGCAGCUGCACAGCUGGUUCACUCUGACAGCACAGAGUCUGUUCCAGAUGAAGCGUCAGCUGGACAAACUGGCCGAUCUGAUCGUGAAGGUCACCUACGAGAGUGACCCGAUCCCUCUGCAGAAACCUCAGAUGGAGGAGCGAGUCAAAUACCUCAUCUAUCACCUGAUCAAGAGCUCGUUUGUGGUGGAGAAGCAGCCAUGCAUGCCCACACAUCCCCAGAAACCCCUCAUCAUCAAGACUGGCGUGCAAUUCACCACCAAAGUCAGACUCCUGGUUAAACUUCCAGAAGUGGAUUAUCAGCUGAAAGUCAAAACAAUAUUUGACAAGGACCUACCCCCCGGCAGAGUAAGUCGUCAGUUUUUCAUCCUGACCAACAACACUAAAGUUAUGGACAUCGAGGACUACUCAAACGGCUGCCUCUCAGUGGAGUUCAGACAUCUGCAGCUGAAAGAGAAGAAAUAUAUCAAUGGCACAAAGGGGAACGAGGGCCUCCUCUCUGUGACAGAGGAACUUCACUCUCUCAGUUUCGAGGCGUGCUUCACAGUGCAGGGCCUCACCAUAGAUCUGGAGACAUGUUCCCUGCCUCUGGUGGUCAUCUCCAAUGUGAGCCAGCUGCCUGGGGGCUGGGCGUCCGUCAUGUGGUAUAACCUUCUGACUGAUGAGCCCAGGAACUUGGCGUUCUUUGGAAACCCCCCUCGGGCCACCUGGAGCCAGCUCUCUGAGGUCCUCAGCUGGCAAUUCUCAACCUUCGCUGGUAAAGGCCUCAACAAGGAGCAGCUCAGCAUGCUGGGAGGAAAGCUUCUCGGCCAGCAUGCCUCCUGUAGUGACUAUCAAGUAUCCUGGUCCAAGUUGUCCAAGGAGAAUAUUCCAGGAAAGCCAUUCAGUUUCUGGAUGUGGCUGGACUCCAUCCUAGAGCUCAUCAAGAAGCAUUUGCUGCCCGUCUGGAAUGAGAACUAUAUCAUGGGUUUUGUGAGUAAAGAGAUGGAGCGCACUCUGCUGAAGGACAAAGAGCCAGGCACAUUCCUCCUACGCUUCAGUGAGAGCCACCUUGGAGGAAUAACUUUCACCUGGGUGCAGCACGGCGACAAUGGAGAGGUUAAAUUCAACUCUGUGGAGCCAUACACCAAAAAUCGGCUUAGCGCCCUACCAUUUGCCGACAUCAUUCGAGACUACAAAGUGAUCUCAGAGGGGGUGGUCCCAGAGAACCCGCUCAAGUUCCUCUACCCCGACAUUCCCAAAGAUGAAGCCUUCGGACGGCUUUACAACAUUCAGCCAAGCAAAGUCCAUCCAUACAUAACAUCUACCCUGAUCCCAAUCUCACAAUUGCGCUCUAAUACCACCACCACACCCUCCUCCUGUCAGUCUCCUGAGCCCCCGAUGACUCCUGGGGAGUUUGACAUGCUCAGUGAGCACCUAUGCUUCGACAUUAACAGCAUGAGCUCUCCAUAUUCAGAGUAAGGCGAGGGGAAAUAUGUAACUCCCAACCGAGUUUUAUACUCAUCUGAUGCCACUGCCCGAUCAACGUCUACAUCUUUGUUGGCUGUGUUUAUUUUGUGGUAAAAUUAGAUUCAUAGCUUGAACUAUUGUUUACUGCUUUUUUUAUAUUCAUAAUUGUUCUUUAAAAAAUGAUCUGUUUCUAUUGUGACAACUCAAUUAUAAAUUAUAUUUUAACAGUAUAUUAAAAAAAAGAACACAUGUUUAUUGUGUCUGCUUUGUACUAUG